AUCAUUUAAAAAUGUGGGAAUAACAAAUACUAUUUUCCUGCUUACUCUAGAGAGAAUUAUCUCAAAUGCCACAGAUUGACACACAUCUGGUUGGCAUUCAAAACGAAGGCGAGCAAUCUGGAAAUGACCGACACCGCUGGAGUGUACGACUCCAAAGGGGUCAGUAAUCGGAAUCGCAGUGAUCAGGAGGUCAGGAUGGAGCGCUACGCCUCCGAUGGGCAAAUUCCCAGGUGCCGAAAGACCCGAUUCUUCGUCGUCCUGAUGCUCUUCUCGGGAAUGGCCAAUGCCUAUGUGAUGCGCACAAAUAUGUCUGUGGCGAUUGUUGCCAUGGUCAACCACACGGCAAUCUCGCAUACCAAGUCGUCGACUCAAUCGAAGGAACGGGAUGGUGACUUCGAGUGGAGUUAUAAGCUGCAGGGCUACAUCCUUUCUAGCUUCUUCUAUGGCUAUGUGAUAACCCAAAUACCCUUUGGCCUGAUGAUCAAAUACUACGGUGCUCGGCAUUUUCUCGGCUGGGGCAUGAUGAUCAACUCGUUGGCCGCCUUCUUUAUUCCGAUCUCGGCAAGAUCGGGUGGCGUCGUCGGUCUGUGUGUGGUGCGUUUCAUCCAGGGCCUGGGCGAGGGACCCAUUGUGCCCUGCUCCCACUCUUUGCUGGCCCAGUGGGUUCCCCCGAACGAGAGAUCACUGGCCGGAGCAGCGGUCUACGCAGGUGCCCAGUUUGGUACCAUAGUAUCUAUGCCAUUGAGUGGACUUCUGGCUCACUACGGUUUCGAUGGCGGCUGGCCAUCGAUCUUCUAUAUCUUCGGGCUGUUCAGCACCAUCUGGUGUAUCAUCUUUAUUUGCCUGGUGCAGGAGAGUCCGGCCGUGAGUACUCGCAUCUCGGAGGCGGAGAGGCGACACAUCAUGGAGGCCAUUUGGCAGGCACAGCCGGAGGAAAGGAGCCGGAUACCCUUUCUGGGCAUUGCCAAAUCGCCACCCUUUUAUGCCAUACUGGUGGCCCAUGCCGGGCACAAUUAUGGCUAUGAAACGCUGAUGACCAUGCUGCCCACCUAUAUGUACAGAGUUCUCAAUGUGAACAUUCGCACAAAUGGCAUAAUAUCCUCGCUGCCCUACCUGGCCAUGUGGAUUCUGGCCAUUGUGUUUGGCAUCCUGGCGGAUUGCCUCAUCCGGCGGAAUUUCUCCAUCACCGUAGUUCGCAAGUUGAUGAACAGCCUGGGCCAGUACGGACCUGCCGUGGCCCUAAUCUCCGUGGGCUUUGUACACCACAGCCUCUGGCUGACUAGCGUGAUUUUCAUCCUGGGCAUGGGACUCAACGGUGCCAUCUACUGCGGCUUCAAGAUCAAUCAUCUGGACCUGUCGCCGCGCUUUGCCGGCCUGCUAAUCUCCGUAACCAAUUGCGUGGCCAACUUGGUGGGUCUGAUGGCGCCCAUGGUGGCCGGUCAUGUGAUCGAUCCCAAGCCGAGCGUGGAGAACUGGAGGAUUGUAUUUUAUAUUGCUGCUGGUGUGUUUAUUUUCACAGCCAGUUUUUAUAACGUAUUUGCCAGCGGCAAGCAGCAAUGGUAAACUCGUUAAUAAUAAUAUGAAGAAAACGAAGAGUUGGAUAAAAAGUCAGAUGUAAUAAUGGUAACUAACGCACAGACAAUCUGCUGCGGAAUGGCCGCAGAUAUAGAAACUGAAACUAAAACCGACGAACGGCGGCCAUCAGGACAUCAAUCAAAUGGCCGCAUGUCCUUUGGCCUGGUCGGGCCAUUUAAUUUCGCAUUUGUGCCAUUUAUUUUAUGGCACAUUUCUGGGCCUAAUUAGCAGAGAUCGGAUGGCCACUUGUCCUCGUCAUGGUUUUGGCCAAACAUUCGCCCAGCAACCGAAAAUUGUCAGGCCAUCAACAGGGCGUUUGUAAAUUAACAAUGAUUUAUUCGAACUUGUCUGCCAGCGCAACUCGAACAUUUUUGGCUCGUGUUUGGCUGGAACAUCGAAUGCUUACUUAU